GGGAGAGUUCUCGCGAGAACCGGCGCAAGCGGGCCAAGUCUAGCCGUCGAAAACAUCGUGAACCUUUUAAGAAUCUGCCCGUGCAAUCAAAAGGGGAUUUUGCAACAUUUCGCAAGAGGACAAACCCAACUUUAAAGUUGCUGCACGACGAGGAGGAACAGCAGAUCCCGUUUUUGUUGCGGUUUUUCUAAGUUUUGGGGAAGUUGAGGUCUGGUCCUACUAGAUCCUGCAGACCAGACGUGAGCGAGUCAACUCGGUCGUCGGUGGUCUGCAGCAAUGUCGCAGAAAGAGAGACCCAAGUUUUACCUGCAGGAGGUCAACAAAGCCAUAUGGGAAGUCCCGGAGCGCUACCAGAACCUAUCCCCAGUCGGCUCCGGCGCUUACGGAUCGGUUUGUUCCGCUUACGACGUGAAGAGCGGUUUGAAAUUGGCUGUGAAGAAGCUCUCCCGACCCUUUCAGUCAAUCAUCCACGCCAAGCGCACAUACAGGGAGCUACGCUUGUUGAAGCACAUGAAGCAUGAAAAUGUGAUCGGCCUCUUGGAUGUGUUUAGCCCCGCCACGUCUCUAAAGGAGUUCACAGAUGUGUACCUUGUCACUCACUUAAUGGGCGCGGACCUCAACAAUAUCGUGAAAUGUCAGAAGCUGACAGAUGACCACGUGCAGUUCCUCAUAUACCAGAUCCUCAGAGGAUUAAAGUACAUCCACUCAGCAGACAUCAUUCACAGAGAUCUGAAACCCAGCAACCUGGCAGUAAAUGAGGAUUGUGAACUGAAGAUUUUGGAUUUUGGCUUGGCGCGGCACACCAACGACGAGAUGACUGGCUACGUGGCCACCCGCUGGUACCGUGCUCCAGAGAUCAUGUUGAACUGGAUGCAUUACAACAUGACAGUGGAUAUUUGGUCAGUGGGCUGCAUCAUGGCCGAACUUCUCACAGGAAGAACUUUGUUCCCAGGAACAGAUCACAUAAACCAGCUUCAGCAGAUAAUGCGGUUGACGGGAACACCGCCGACGUCACUAAUAAACAGGAUGCCCAGCCACGAGGCCAGAAACUACAUCAGCUCCUUGCCACACAUGCCCAAGAGGAAUUUUGCUGACGUAUUUAUUGGCGCCAAUCCUCUAGCUGUAGACCUGCUGGAGAAAAUGUUGGUUCUGGACACAGACAAACGGAUAACUGCAGCAGAGGCGCUGGCUCACCCAUACUUUUCUCAGUACCACGACCCCGAUGACGAGCCUGAGGCCGAGCCGUACGAUCAGAGCUUUGAGAGCCGCGAGCUUGAAAUUGAAGAGUGGAAACGGUUGACCUACGAGGAGGUGUGCAGUUUCGAGCCGCCCAUCUUUGAUGAGGACGACAUGGAAUAACAGAAUUUACCUCUGCCAUUAUACUUACCCCAUAUGACAAUUUGUACAUUUUUUCCAUUCGCCACCAACCUUUCCUGAAACACAGCAACCAGCCUUUCCACCAGGUUUAUACUCCCGGAGCAAAACGCCAAACCACUAAAUAUAAUAUUUGUCAUCGGUGAAACAGCUUUAUUGUUCCUCUCGCCCUUUUUGGUAAAAUUAAAAUUUUGACUUUUCACUGUGACAUGAGUCACAUGACACACGGAUGCUGAAAAACCUGGACUUUUUAGUUGUGCUACUUUGUUUUCGCAAGUAUUUUGUUUUCGUGAGGGAAAAAAAAGAUUUAUCUAUUGCUCAGCAUGUGAAGCUUCAACGUUUAGAACUGUUGUUCUGACAAUGUUUAGCCAGCAUUUCCCAUUUGAUCUUAAAUGUUGACAAUUUCUGUAAAUUCAAAGUUGAGUGACACGUAGUAUAUCAUUUUACAAUUCAGUUUACAUUUAGCUCUUUUCAGUACCAUUGAUGACGAUAAUCUACCAAUCAUGUGGCUCUUUUCAUCCUUCCAUGAAUUUGCAUUAGUUUGUCAUUCGUAGAUGUACAAUCAAUUUGAACUAGGAUGGCUGGCAGCGAAUAAAUUAAUUUGUUUUCAGCCCUCCCAGUUGAAAUGGAUUGGACCUCUAUCGCUAUAAAUGACAGCCGAUGAGUUAAAUGUCCUAAGAAAUGGUGACCAUGUCAUAGAAUGAAAAUGGCUGCAAAAAUGUAAUUUCACAUACAAUUUCAUAGUUAUUCCAUCCAAAACAAUGCAUUAGCGAAUGGCCAAAUUCUGGGUGGGACAUCAUAACCAGAAUUAAAGAUCAUGAAUAGCUUUCUAGUGCUGCGCUAGCUAGUACGUGUGACAGAAUGACAGAACAGUUACGCAGCAACAACAGAAUAGAAAGCCUCUGGAUACCAUGCUCGCAGAUUGAAAAAAUCUGCAACUCAUUCUGGGUGUCACAUCUUUUUGGACAUUUGUUAGAGGAUUGGGUAAAGGCAUCUGACAAAGGAAGACUAAUAUCUAUAUUAAGCCUUUUCUGUCACUUUUUGAUGGAUUUGUGUCAGAAAUAUGGUCUGCUAUCAUUUUAAAUUGACUUGUAUUUCAUUGCACCUUCAACAAAGGGCUUUAUAUAAAACUGAUGAAUCAAAUGUGCCAUAUUUAAAAUGCAAUGUGUGUCAAAGUCCACAAUGUGUUUAAAUAUCUUUAAGUGUUUUACUGCUAUAUUGUCACAAUGCAGCAAUAGAAAUACUACUUAUGUAAAAGAGCUAUUUCAGAUCUAUUUAUACUUAGGGGAGGAUGUAUUUAUAAAUGAGAACUCCCAGCAUCUAUUUUCAAUCCAACAGAGUAACAAUUUGCAUCAUUUGAAAAGCAAAAUAAAGACUAUUUUUAAGACA